UAAAAAGCCACACAAUUUGAAAAGGCAUAUGGAAGCACAUAAACCUGAAUGUACAUAUUGUUCAAAGACUUUUCCAGAUGCAAAAACAUUAGAAAUACAUCUGAAAACUCAUAUGGAUGGAAAACCUUUCCUAUGCACAAUGUGUGACACAGCAUUUAUCACAAAAUAUAAGUUAGAUCGACACGUUUGUCCUUGUGCAGGAAAACAACAACAAAAUAUUCAUGCUCAAGCUGCUGAGAGACCUUAUAUAUGCAAUCUAUGCGAUAAGACUCUUGAAAAUUCCAAGCAUUUAAAAUCACACAUGCUCAUUCACAGUGAGGAACAAACCCACAAAUGUAAAAUAUGCCAUAAGAUUUGUACUCAAUCAGGUCAUUUGAAGGUGCAUAUGCUGUUGCAUACUGGAGAGCGUCCCCACAAAUGUAAAAUAUGCGAUAAGGCAUACACACAACGCGGUGCAUUGAAAGUGCAUAUGUUGAUUCACACUGGGGAACGUCUCCACAAAUGUGAAGUGUGUGAUAAGACAUUUAGAAUUACAAGUCACUUAAAAUCUCACAUGCUCGUUCAUAGUGAGGAGUGUCCUUGGAAAUGCAUCAUAUGCAAUAAGACAUUUAAACACAAGAUUCCUUCAAUCAACAUAUGCUUAUUCACACUGGGGAACGUCCUUACAAAUGUGAAAAAUGUGAUAAGGCUUUUGCAUAUUACAGUAGCUUAA